GCUAGCUCACUCUGUAGUUAGCCCAUGGUGAAAAGAUCCAGGAGGAUCAUGGGCUUCAGUGUCAAACUAUUGAUCAUCCUGCUGGAUAUUUCAGUUUCAGCUUCUGUGGUUCAGAGUGUAAAUGUAACAUGCACUCCUCAGACCAUCUGUGCUCUGCGGGAGUCAAAGGUGGAGCUGAUGUGCUCUUACUCACACAUCAACACCACAACAGUCUUCUGGUUCAGCCCCAAACAGAAAGCUAAAUGGAGGAAUGAAGAACAUCCAGAGGAUUUAGCAUUAGACUCAGACUACGCAGGACGUGUGAGUUACACUGAGACCACGAGGUCCAGCUCAACUCUUACAAUAACAGACCUGAGAGAGAGAGACUCAGGGGAAUAUCACCUCAUGCUCUUUACAAAUACAGGAGAGAAAUAUCACAGCUCCACAGCAGUCAAUCUAACAGUUACAGAUCUGCAGGUGAGAGUGGCCCCUGCCUAUGGAUUGCAAAAGGGUCUCACCUGCAGCACUUCCUGUACCCUCACCAGUAUCCCGGAGCGUUACUACUGGUACAAGAACGGACAAUAUACAAACAAAUUCACAGAGGGCAACAGAGUCCAUUAUUUAUUCAGCAGUGAUGAAGGCAGUUACUCCUGCUCAGUCUAUGGCUUUAAUGAUAUACUCUCCCCUCCAAUGUGUGUUUUUAGUAAGACAUGUUGGAGUGUGACAUACACAGACAGAAGAGUGUGUUUUGUGGAGGGAUCAUCAGUGGAGCUUCCCUGCACUUACUCAUAUCCCAGUAAUGAGAAAGUUGAACACACAUUCUGGUAUUAUGUUCGUCCAAAUGAGGAUCCACAGGACCUGAGUCAGGAAGAGCAGUUUACUGGUCGAGUGGAGUAUGUUGGAGAUGAAGAGAAAAACUGCACUCUGAGAAUCAGAGAACUGAGGAAGAGUGAUUCUGGAGAAUAUCGCUUUAGAUUCAGCGGUAAAACUAGAAGAGCAGUAUUCAGUGGUAAACCAGGAGUCAUUGUGAAUAUUACAGAUCUGCAGGUGAGAGUGAGUCUCACCCCAGUAUCAGAGGGACAGACAGUAACACUGAGCUGCAGCUCCACCUGCACUCUGCCCUACAACCCCACCUACAUCUGGUACAAGAACGGACAGCCUGUAACCAACAAACCCACCAAACACAACAAGCUGUACCUGCAGUGCAGUGAAAAUUCAGAUAACUACUCCUGUGCUGUGAGAGGACAUGAGGAACAUCGCUCUCCUGCUGAAACCAUUCAUGCCAAAUGUCCAGAGGGGAGAACAGUGUUAAAGCAUGUCACAGUGGGAGUGGCAAUCUGUCUGGCUCUAAUACUCCUCACAGGAGCUCUGUGGAUGUGGAGGAGAAACUCCAGGUCAGCUGAAGACCACAAAAGGUUUGAGAAGAAAGCAGAGUGCGACUUUGCUCCUGUGUAUGAUAAUGUCUCAGCCUUGCCCAAGACCUCUGAUCCCUCACAGAACACUUCAGAUGUUCAUGAUGGCAUUCACUACUCCAGUGUACAUUUCAAACACUUCCACACACAAGCAUCUCAGUUGCCUCCUUCCUGGCCUGACUUUAACGCCUCCGAAGAGCACAGUGUUCAUUAUGCUGCAGUGAACUUCAGCAGACAUGCUGCUGCCACCCAGUGAGGAUAAUAGUGCAUUAUGCCAUUCUCAUAACAUCUGCUGGUGGCUGUAUCUUAUUAGAGGUCUUUGGUAGCUCAGUCAGCUUAGUCUGAGACCUGCAGAUAGAUUCAAAAACACAAACCCUGCCUGUAAGGGAGAGAAAGGACACAGGACUGUGGAGAGGACAGAGCUGUAGACGCAGAUAUGGAACCUGGAGAGAUGUUGGGAUUUUCCAUUCUAGAUCUGUUUUGCAGCAAUCAACCAAUGACUUGAAAAAACAGAAAGCUAUUGGUGAAUUUGAGCUUAUGGGCCAGAGUCAUGAAGCUCGAAGGUAACUGUUGUACGCCUUACAAAAUGCGGGACACGGUAUAUACACCUAUUCAUGAAGUUACCAUGGAGAUAAUAAACACACAGCUGUCAGCUUUUCGCUGCGCUAGAGUCACCUGUACAAAAGAUGAAAGCCAACACGUAUAUUAGUCCAUUCAUAAAGACCCACGCCCAUAGACAGACUAACCCCAGUCGUGAGGCCAAGUGUUAUUUUUGCAGCUCGCUUUUCGAUUAUGAAUCGCUAAUGUCAUGUGCAAAUCAAGACAAAAUGCAGUAGCACCAUAAAUAACGCAAUGGUAAAACACGCUGGCAGACCACAUUUAUAAAUAAGGAAACAUGUUACCGCGGCACUAUUUGAUGUUAACGUCACGUUAAAUAAGGCGAUAUGUUUUAUAAAUUUGGCCCAGUAUGUCUCAGAGCACUAGGCACAACAGUAGUGUGUUAAUGAUGUGUCGAUAAAUUGUGAACAUGUUUUAGUCGUGUGGUUGUUUUCUUCUCCCUCGUCCACGCCGUGAGGAUCGCCGUGAGGAAAACUCUGAUCUUGCUCAUAUCCUUAAGGUGAUAAAAUGCCAGUUUAGUAACUGAGUUGAUGUGACUGCUAAAACUGAGAUCAGAGUUGAUUAGUUUGCCAAGAUUACGAGCUAGCGCUUUAAAUUUGAUAUUUUAAAUAGCGAUUUCAAUUUUUAAAUAGAUAGGCAGCUAGUCUGUGCCUCUCAUUGCUCAUCCCAAAUAGAAUAAUCUCUGUUUUAUCUCUAUUUUAGUGCAGAUUUGGCCCAUCCAGUUAAUAAUGUGCUCACAGUUAAGAUCCACUUAGUGUAAUAGUGAGUUUAAGGGAAACAUAGUUGAUAGGGAAGAGGGUCAAGUCAAUCUAAGUAUUGUCUACAUAGCUUUAUUGAACUUUACUAUACAACUGUAAUAGGACAGCCCAAAGUUUUGUAAGAAAACAUCAGAUCCAGUAAGGAAAAGUACAGUGAUUUAGAAUUGGACUGAACACACUCCUCUGUUGAGUCCCUCAUUUCAACUCACGUUUGCGCUGGUCUCCUCACUCCUGCUGCUGACAGCUGUAGCUCGCCUCCUGGUGGAGAACCACAGUAAUAACAUCACCAGUUUCACACUGCAGUUACUACCCUCUGGAGAAAGUGAAUUUAACCCUGUUGAUGGCACUGUGUGACCCUAUACUGUAAACAUCAAAGCAAAGACUCUCUGGACUGAGCAGUAAACAGCCUACGCAUUGGCAGGGUGUGCAAUAUCAAUGUGGCUUCAGCUUUUUACCUCAUCCAUAGACAGACAGCAAUGAGAGUCAGAAACAAACCCACAGUGACUCCAGAAGCUGCGUAUGUCCCAGCUGGGUUCCCUGCAUCAGGAAGGAGAGGGCAGCAUGUUACACAGACGUGUGAACAGUCACAGAAGUCUUGCUGUAUGAUCUCAUCAAACUGACAUUGGAAAUGGAAGUGCAGGAUAGUUGUCUUAAAAUCUCUUUUUUUCCUGGCUGUUCAUAUUCAUGCUUGAAAGCGGCCCAUAUGUGUCAGGUAUAUGAAGAUUUAACUAUGCACUGGUGCGUGACAUUUCAGUUAGUGUGGAGACGUUUGUGCACAUGUAUGGUGGGACUGGACUGUGGAUGUAGGACCACCUGUUCUGUGUGUGUACACUUAAGAAAACAUUCUUAACACAUCUCACAAUAGUGCAUAACACAUCCAGAAGGGUGGUGGCGGAGUUGUGCUGUCCCAGCUGGUUGUGAGCGGUGCAGUAGUAGUUUCAAGUUUCAAGUUUGGAUUAUUUGUCACGUACAUAGUCAUACACGGUAUAAAUCACAGUGAAAUGGUUUUGUGAGUGCUCUGUCCAAAUGUUUUCUGGCUUAGCUCGCUGGUCAUUGUUAUCCAAGCAUCUGUCAUGUUUGCUUUACAUAGUUGCUUGUGCAAACCUCUGCUGGUGUAAGUCAUGUGAUUUUUUUUGUAGCCUGCUUCCUUUUUGUCAUCAUGUAUUCCUAUACUCUCCGUAUUGGCUCUAGGACCCUGGACCGUGAUUAUGACUGAUUUUGGAUUUGCUCCUA